GUGCGUGGGCUUGGCUCAGUUGGCUGCGAGGGGAGCGGCGCGCAGUGCCCCAUGGAGUUCAAGCUGGAGGCACACCGCAUCGUCAGCAUUUCGCUGGGCAAGAUCUACAGCGCGCGCGGCCAGCGCGGCGGCCUCAAGCUGCACAAGAACCUGCUGGUGUCGCUGGUGCUGCGCAGCGCCCGCCAGGUCUACCUGAGCGAGCCCGGCUGCCCGCCCGCUGCGUCCCGCGGGCCCGCCCCUCAUCCGCACCCGGCCGCCUGCUGGGACCCGCCGCCGCCGGCCUGCGCAAGCCCGCGCCGCUGCCCCUGUUGCUGCCCGGCGGAGGCGGAGGAGCCCGCCGCGCCGCCCCCCUGCCCGCGGAAGCGCGGCGCGGCCGAGCGCGGCCCGACGGGCAGCCCGCGCAAGAAGCCGCGCCGCGAGGCGGAGGGGGAACUAGAGCCGGAGCCGGCGGAGGACAUGGAGACGGGCAACGUGGCCAGCCUCAUCAGCAUCUUCGGUUCCAGCUUCUCGGGACUGCUCGGCAAGGAGCCCGCGGGCCGGCGGCGAGGGGCGCCCGGCGACGGACCAGCGGCAGCGGGCGGGGAGGCGGCGACGGGCGAACCCGGCCAGAUCUGCUGCGACGAGCCGGUGCUGCGGAACCUCAACCCCUGGAGCACGGCCAUCGUGGCCUUCUGACCGCCCGCGCCCAGGACUCUGCCCCGCAGGCCCGGGCUGCGGGGUGCCCCCAGGCCGGAGCGCUGCGCUGCACCCGUGCACCAGCUGGGGAAGAAGGGGCUUUCCUUCUGCAAACAGGCAGGAAGUGGGGAGCAGCGCCGGGGAGCCCCCCGCUCGCUCCUCCUACGCACUGCACUGGAGGGAGCAGGGCAGGAGCAGCCCCUCCGUGCCUGCCUGCUGCGAUCGCUGCUCGAAGCCAGCCUUCCCUGGCCCCAUCCUUGGGGGCCCAAGACACUUGGGGUGCAGUAAGUUGAGCCAGGAAAGUUGGAAGUUCCUGGCAAGUUUUCUCAAAGCUGCCUCUGGAGAAGCUGGAGGUCAGGACGACUUACAUGGUGCUUUUUGCCAAGAGUUUAAUGCAGCAGAACCACGUUUACAGACACUGGGGCAAGUCCUUGAGCCUUCUCCAGCAGGCGGGAGGACUCCCGGCCUUUGUUCUAUAAAGGCUUGGGGCUCUCUGGGGGGUGGGGGUUGUACAGUACAGUGUUCUCUCCUUCCGUGAUGUAUUUUGUCUUUUUGUAUUAGAAAUUGUAUUGCUACGUGUGUAACACGUAUUAAAUAUUUUCAACUGUU